AUGCCUGCAGUCCGUAAUGUCAUCGAGCCCGCUCAAACGCGAUACAUUGUGCAGUCCGGGGACUUGGAGACUUUUCUGAAGAAGAAAUUCGGAUACAGUUAUGACUUUGACAUCAAACACAUAGCCGAUCGAUGGACAUUCGUUGCACCGGAGAUGGUAUCUGCAGAAGAUAUUCAGUGA